AUCCGGAAUUUUACAAACCAGGCUUAGGGUAUCCGGUGUAUACCCACGUGGAACCCACCAUGGAGGAGGAAGAACAAGACCUCUCUUACAAGCUUAGAGGCGAGAAGUCUCUCCCCUCAGCCAUUUUGUUGAGCAAAUGGUCUCCUAGAAUGGACGUUAUCGCUUUGGCACUUGAAGAUGGCUCGGUUGUUCUUCAAAGGUUGUCGUGGGAUUCCGUUUGGUCGGUGGAUCCCGGAGAUACGCCCGUUAAUGCGUUGUCAUGGCGACCCGAUGGGAAAGUAUUGGCAAUCGGUUAUUCUGAUGGUGUCUUGAUUGAAGUGUCUAUUGAGAAAGGCGAAAUGCUUCAAAAACUCAAACUAGGCUCUUCUAAGAUUACCGUUCUGACAUGGAUAGAGGCCCCUCCCCCUGCGACCAUGCCCCCUUCCUCUUCCGUUUUGCUCAAUAAGUCUAAUACUUCAUAUAAAGAUAAUUCUGUUCGAUUUCUCCCUCCAUUGCCUUUAAUUGAAAACGAUGAAAUGAGUGACGAUGAAGAAGACAACGUGACACACAAGGAGUCAGUACCAUCAAGCAAAUAUAUCUCUCAUUUAAGCUCAAUGACAUUAUUAUUAGCAGGAGAUGAAUGUGGUCAUAUACACAUUGUUAUCGAUGGAGUCCUUCACAUUACAUCUCUUUCUCUUCUCUCUGAAGGAAUGACCGUAUCUUCAAUUAUUAGUUUAAAAAUGUCACACAAUUUUUGUACGCUAGCAGCUGUUAGCUGCAAUGAAAACAACACCCUCUUUUAUAAUUUAGUUGAUACGUCUUUGCUAGCCAAUAAAGUUAACGAACUUCAUUUUGUUGCCGUCAAGUAUAAUCAUGUUUUAUCUGUCAUGGCGUAUGUAGGAGAUGUGAUUCGAGCUAUGACUGAUGCCUGGGAAGAUGGUCUGUUGACAGUGGAUAAAAAGAUGGAGCGAUAUGCAAAAACUUUGCCCUCCUGUCUUCAAUUAAUGGAUGAAUACAUUAUUUUGUUAGCCUGUGGCCAAGCAAGAGCAGAACUAAAAUCAUUUUUGGUUGAUGAACUAACAGCAAAAGGAGUCAAAAAGAUUGGCCUUUCUAUUGAAAUGUCUUACAAAAGCCUACGAAGAUACACCAUAAAUCACUUAAACAAAGCAAUUGAGGCACUCAACUUCCACCUCCAUGAUCUGUUUGGUGUCUCUGGAUGGGAUAAUGUGUUUGGCUGCAUUGGAUUGAGUACAGAGACAUUGCAAGGCUGCAUGCAAGUCCUUGGAAGUUUUGCUCUUAAAGCUCAAGAGUUUCUUUAUGUUACUGAUGAAUCGCUUCAAAACCUUAAAAUAUUCUUCAUUUGGUUGUACACAAUUAUUAUAAAGUUAGCUGGUGAGCCAGCUCCUACUCCACCCAUAGAAGAGGGACCUACUCCUGAAGAACUUCAAAUGAUAAUUGAUUUCCUGAGGAAGCGGUUAAAACCGGUUCAUUCCGAAGGGCAUGGCCAAGCAUUUAGUCUAGACCUUGUUGGACAGUAUUUGUUAUCAAAAAAUUUGUCAGUUGUGGAAGAACCUUCACAGACAAUAUGGGACAAGAUAUUAAGUGAUACAGCCAGUUUAACCAGAGAAGUUGCCCCGUGGCUGAUCAAGAGUCAAACAAAUAAAAGUAUUAUGCAGUUGUACCAGUCGCUGCAAUCAUCAGUCAACAAAGCAUUUAAUUCAACCAAAGAGGCGAUGCAGUCUUUAUUUGUUCAAAAGACAUCACUAAAACUAUUUGAUUACAACUCAAAUCUCUCAAGCAGGAUGAAGUCAUUGGUAACGUUGUACUCUAAUGAUACUGGCAGUUCUAGCUGUCUGUUUCCAAUUAAUGAGCACCAAAUAGCUACACUGGAACACGAUCAAGAUAGUGAAGUGAAGUAUGGUUCGUUUUUUGUCCAGUGCACAUCAGAAAAUGAAGAAGAAAGAACUGAAAAAUAUCAUAUUUAUGAUAUGUCUGUGUACAAUGGAGAUACUCUCUCUCUCCUUCUCUAUAAUGGAGCUUCAUACAUGGUGGCACAGUUACCAAUGGCAGCCGUUUCUACAGUAACUUUGAAUCUAAUUGGCUGUGAAGUGUUGCAAGAUUCAAUUCAAAUGUAUGUAGUACAUACACAGAAUAAGCUGAGUGGAGUGGAUAUUGGAAGGGAGUUAGCACAAGGCACGAGUUUAGGAAGAUUUCAAGCCAAAAGUCUUGAGGUGUCAGGAUCAAGAAAACUGGCAGCUGUUGUAUCCAUUGGUGGCAGGAGGGUCCAGUUGUUUGAUGUUGAUGCAGAGCAGGACGAUGAAGACAUUUGAACUAUAGCAAAGCAAUUCCCAGGAGUGAUAGAGUCACAUAUACAUUGAAAUAAAAGAGAAAAAUUACAUUCAUAUCCUAUAGCACAUCAAGAGUACAUAGAUACACACAAACAACAGAAGAGAGAAAAUUCAUAAUAAUAAUAAUAAUAAUAAUAAUAACAAUAAUAAUAACAAUGAUAAGUGUCUCAUAAUUAUAAAUUCAAAAUGAUGUUUCCUGUACACAG